AGAAGGGGAAGAGUUAGAGAGAGAAAGUGGGCAGUAGGGCGAUGAAGGAAGGGAGAGAAAGUGUGUGAAUUAGCUUCGAGGAGGGGAAAUAUAAAUGGAAAAACAGAGCCUUUUCUACUGGGCUUUUGUUAUCUCCUUUUCUCCCCCUGCAGGAAGGCUUGAAGAAAGUUUUCUCUUUUAGAAAGAAAUACAUACAUAUAUAUAGGCAUGGAUGUACUUGCCAUCUCUCUCUUCAGUAGCAGCUGAGAACUCGUUCUCUCACUAGAAAUCAAUUAAAGUUUGGUGCUUUAAAGACCCUCUGUCUGAUCCACUGUGAGAGCAGAGAGAUUGCUAUAGGCUGGGAAUGGAAAUACCCUGAAAAAGGAAGAUCCAUCAAUUCCUUGCGAUGGUGGCGGUUGUUUCUGAUCUUUUUCAGCAAUGGGUCCUUCCCUCUGUUUCUAGGCUUUUGACUCUGUUUCCUUCUGUUUUGGAAUGGAACUUUUUUUGUUCUGGGAAUUGUUCUCCUGUUGAUUUUGUGAUGAGAUAGCACAGUCUGGUAUAAGAGUUCAAACUGCAGUUCAAUGAGAGUGUUUCACUAACAUUUGGCUGUGCGGACCCUGUUUCGUGUUAAACAAAUGAUUUCCCAGCUGGAGCUACCCUAAAGGAGGCUUGUGCUCUGCAUGUUAAAGGAACAUUGAGAGUUGCUUUCAAGCCGAACUGUUCUUGAAGUUUUUCCGCGUCAGUAAUUACUGUUUACCGAGCAGUAAGUUAUUACUAGCCUGUUGGACGUCAUUUACCUGAGCAGUUGAUUUGUUUAUAAUCUCCGAAGAUGAUCAGCAUUGUGGCAACAUUCUCAAAUUUCUGUGUGAUUCUGGGUGACUGAAGAAUAUUGCCAUUUCAGCACUGGAAAUACAUUUGUUAUAUGCGGCUAUGUAAUUUUAUUGUCCUUGACAAGUGUUACAAGGUGCUUCUGUUAUUUGAAGACUUGAUUAACUAUCAACCAUAGUGCUGAAUUCCGAUCUAUUCAACCUGUUUGACAACAACAUGGACACUGAAAUUCACAUAUCUAAUCAUCGGCCAAGCAUUGCCCAGCGCUUGCUUCCUGCUAUUGUGCCUGUGCUGUUGGUUGCAGUAGGAUAUGUUGAUCCUGGGAAAUGGGCUGCAGUUGUUGAAGCAGGAGCUCAUUUUGGGUCUGAUUUGGCUCUACUAAUGUUUGUUUUCAAUUUAGCUGCUAUACUAUGCCAGUACCUUUCGGCUCGUAUUGCUCUAGUCACUGGAAGAGAUCUGUCCCAGAUUUGCAGUGAAGAGUAUGACAAGGCUACAUGCAUCUCCUUGGGAGUUCUAACUGAGAUUUCAAUGAUUGCUUUGGACCUUUCUAUGGUUCUUGGUACUGCACAUGGCCUCAAUCUACUUUUUGCUGUGGACCUAUUAUCUGGUGUCUUUCUAGCUGCUGUUGGUGCAAUUCUGUAUCCAUUUUUUGCCACCCUUCUCGAUAAUGGCAAGGCAAAAUUUGUGUGCAUAUUGACAACGAGUUUUAUAUUGCUGUUUUAUGUCCUGGGGGUGCUCUUUAGUCAGCCAGAAAUUUCAUUCACCACAAGUGGGACUCUAGCAAAGUUAAGUGGGGAAAGUGCAUUUGCAUUGAUGAGCCUUCUUGGAGCAAAUAUUAUGCCUCACAACUUUUAUCUCCAUUCUUCCAUUGUACAGAAAGAACAUGGAUCCCAUAAUGUUUCCAAGGGACUCUUGUGCCAUGACCACUUUUUUGCCAUCCUUUGCAUUUUCAGCGGUAUUUUCCUGGUGAAUUACGUGCUGAUGAAUGCUGCAGCAGAUGUGUUUUAUAGUAGAGGCCUUGUUUUGCUUACUUUUCAGGAUGCAUUGUCUCUAAUGGAUCAGGUAUUUAGGAGUUCGAUAGUGCCUUUUGCUUUUCUGCUGGUUCUGUUCAUUUCCAAUCAAAUCACCGCCUUAACUUGGAAUCUUGGUAGACAAGCAGUCCUGCAUGAUUUCUUUGGCUUAGAAAUUCCUGGUUGGCUUCGUCAUGUAACAAUCAGAAUUAUUGCCAUUAUCCCGGCCCUCUACUGUGUUUGGAAUUCAGGAGCUGAAGGUAUAUAUCAGCUGCUAAUAUUUAUGCAGGUAGUGGUUGCACUUAUGCUGCCUUCUUCUGUGAUUCCCCUCUUCCGGAUUGCCUCUUCAAGAUCGGUGAUGGGCACCUACAAGAUUUCUCAGUUUGUGGAGUUCUUAGCCUUGAUCGUAUUUUUCGGAAUGUUGGGCUUAAAGAUUAUAUUCCUGGUGGAGAUGGUAUUUGGGAACAGCGAGUGGGUGGGAAAUAUGAAGUGGACCUUGGGAAGUAGCAUGUCUUUGUCUUAUGUUGUUCUUCUCGUCGCUGGUUCUGCUUCACUUUGUUUGAUGCUUUGGCUUGCAGCCACACCAUUGAAAUCUGCUAGUUCGGGAUUAGAUGAUCAGGUAUGGUAUUGCGAUGUGAAUGAUGCUAACCCAGAGUUAGCUGAAGAGAAAGAUGAAAGUGAUACUGGUGAAACAUAUGCAAGGGAGGAAUCCCUACAAAAAGAAGAUGCCCUAGGAGAGCCCAUUGAGAGUCAUUCUAAUAUGUCAGUUAAAGGUACUGAUCUAAAUUUGCCCGAAACACUUCUGGACUCUGAUGCCAUGCCUCAUUUGAAAACUAUAGAGGACAGCAUUCCUGAAAUUGCAUAUGUUAGUCCCUCUAAGUUCCACCCAGAGGAAUCAACUACCACAGUUGAACCAGAUUUGGUCACAACUGUUUACAGUGAAGUCCCUGUGAGUGAGUCAGUGGACAGCAUGACCUUGAAGAAAGAAUCAUCUGACAUGGUAGAAAAAGCUGAGAGAACGGAGGGGGAUUUACAGACUGGGAAGGAUGAUGAGGGAGAUACUUGGGAGCCCGAAGAAUCAUUUAAUGGGGCACCUGCAAUUAGCCCGUCUUUAACAUCUGAUGGCCCUGGAUCAUAUAAGAGCCUCAGUGGGAGAAGUGAGGAAGGUGGCAGUGGUACAGGAAGUCUCUCGAGAUUAUCUGGAUUGGGCCGUGGUGCAAGACGUCAAUUAACUACCAUUCUGGAUGAAUUCUGGGUGCAGUUGUUUGAUUUCCAUGGGAACCCAGUACAGGAAGCGAAAGCUAAAAAACUGGAUGUGCUGCUGGGUCUAGAUUCAAAAGUUGAUUCAAAGCCUACCACUCGUCUGAAAAUGGAGGUAAAUGCAAAGGAACUCACUGGAUAUUUUCCAUCUGUGGGCGGAAGAUCUGAUUCACUAAUGAAGCCAAGUGUUUACGACUCUCAUAGUCUGCUGGGUAUGCAAGGCAACAUAGAGGCAUCUUCCCGCCUCCCAAGGGGGCCAUCUUCAUCAUGGUCCAGCCAAUCACAGUUGCUGGAUGCAUAUGCAUCAAAUUCUAGUUACAGUGCUCUUGACUCUUUUGGUAGGCGUUAUUCUAGUGUGCGAUAUCCACCAGCUUCUGAAGGCAAUGACUAUCAGCCAGCCACUAUUCAUGGCUAUCAGAUGGCAUCAUAUCUCAGUCGGAUUGCUAAAGAAAAGAAUUCUGAAUACUUGAAUGGACAAAUGGAGGCACUAACUCCAAAAUCCCCAUCUUUGGGUGCGUCAAACUACAGAAAUCCACCCGCUUUUACUUCAGUUCGGAAACCACAGAAUGGGUUAAGCACGCCCCCCCCUGGUUUCUCGAAACCUGUUAUAUCUAGAAAUAUUUCAUUGCAAUCUGAAAGAUCACUUGACAAUGAUCUUUGCACUCCUGGUCCUGGACCUGCUGAGAACGUCAAUAGUUCAGUCCAUGCUAAGAAAUUCCAUAGUUCACCUGACAUAUCAAGUCUCUCUCUUCCUUAUCGGAACUUAUAUCUCUCUGACAGAAGUGCUCAAUUGGACGGUUCCAUUGGAUAUGGAUCAUCCUUGCAUGCAACUGGUUCACUGAAGGCAGGAGUGCCUUAUCCAUUUGAUCAUCUCUCGCCUUCAAAACCAUACAGAGACCUGUAUGCCUCACGGUUCAGCUUGGGCUUAGACACUGGAUCUCUGUGGUCUACACAGCCUUUUGAACAGUUUGGCGUAGCCAAUAAUACAAAUACCGCUGGGAGUGAGGAAGUUCAGAGUAAGCAAAGUUCAAUUACGCCAGAAACUGAACCUUUUAUGGAUGUGGAAGCGAAACUACUUCAGUCUUUCAGACUUGCCAUUGUGAAGCUUUUGAAACUGGAAGGAUCUGAUUGGUUAUUUAGACAGAAUGAUGGUGCUGAUGAGGAUCUGAUAGGUCGUGUUGCUGCAAGGGAGAGAUACGUUUAUGAACCUGAAACCAGGGAGAUGAAUCGGGUAGCUCAAAUUGGUGAACCUCUGUAUUCAUUUGACAGGAAACAAGGUUCUGCACUGAAAAAUGAUGAAAUAGAUCAUGCCAAGUUUUUAGUUUCCUCAUUUCCUAAUUGUGGAGAGGGCUGUGUUUGGAGACUCAAAUUGAUAAUAAGCUUUGGGGUAUGGUGCAUUCACCGGAUUCUAGAGCUCUCACUUAUGGAGAGUAGGCCGGAGUUGUGGGGGAAAUACACAUAUGUGCUCAAUCGCCUUCAGGGAAUCAUCAAUCCGGGUCUUGUGAAGCCCCGCACGCCAAUGACCCCCUGCUUGUGCCUGCACAUCCCCGCGACACAGCUGAAGUCAAGCCCGCCACCUAUUCCAGAAGGAGGAUUGCCGCCACCAGCAAAGCAGGGCAGGGGAAAAUGCACGACCGCAGCCAUGCUCUUCGAGAAAGUCAAGGAUGUGGAGACCGCAAUAUCUUGUCGAAAGGGUAGGUCAGGCACGACAGCAGGAGACGUGGCAUUCCCGAAAGGGAAAGAGAAUCUGGCGUCUGUUCUCAAGCGCUACAAGCGCCGCCUGUCCGGCAAGCCGGUUGGCGCCCAUGAAGGUGGACCAGCCGGAUCGCGAAAGGCUCCUUCCUCGGCGCCCUAUGGCUCGUAGGGCUGCCCCAUGUGGACGACUUCGUGAGUUGCUUGGUUUUGGGAAGCAGCAGCUCAUUGUCCAUGCUUGCAGUACAUCUGGAAGAAGAAGAAAUCUCCCUCUCCCUCUCUCUCUCUCUGUAUGAAAUCUUUUCUGCAUAGGAUGAUAAAGUAUAUGAACUUGCAGUAGGUUGCGAUGCAUAAUAGGAUAAACAACAUGAACUUGCAGUAGAUUUGCAAGGAAAUGCUAGGAAAAAAAUUGGCAAGAAAUUAUCAUAA